ACCAAGAAGAAGAAUCGAUUCCGCAUCCUGAGACUGGACGCCAACGGGGGCAAGCAAGUAGAGGAGGACGUUGCUCUGAUGGCAGAAAACGUGGAGGAAGCGUGUGAGUGGAAGUUUGCGCUCCUCAACAGCCAGGAGGCGUUCAGCAUGAAAGCUCAAGUUGAACAACUGGAAGAGCAGUACGCCAAGAGGGUCGCAAGCCUCUCGAGCUCGCUGCUGAGAGAGAGAAGGUCCAACGCCCUCGCUAGCGUUAGGAGUGCUGGGCAUGUGAGAUGAGGAACGAACGACCUGUUGCCCUGCCUCCUUGAGACCUGUGCAGGUCACUCCCUGAAGUGAAUCGAAGAGACGAGCAGGAGCUGCGUGCGAGGCUGCGUCAAAUGGAGGAGAACAGCGAGAUGAAGGAGUCGUUCGGUGAACUGCUGCUCGUAUCCAUCCGAAACGCGGAGGAAUGCCAACGUAACUUGGACCUGGUAAUGCAGAUGGAAACGAGGAGCAGGAGGGAGGAAAGUUGGACGAGGAGACGGGAAGAGCAGGCGAUAAAGGAAAUGCAGAGUUAC